GAAGAACAGUCUUAAUCUGUAAGACAGUUUCAAAUACAUCUGAAAACAGGAAUCUACUCUUUCCUCAUUGCGGCAAAAUGCAGAAAAACAUGUGGCCAUCAGAAGAAAUCAGGAAGUGUUUGGUUACAGUAUUAAUUGAAGGAAGUCCACAGAUUUACCUCUUAUUCCAGCUGGCAGUGAUGCUGAGCGUUCUGAUCCUGCUGCUGAACCUCGGAGGAGCUGCGGCUCUCAAGAUCUGCUCCUUCAACAUAAAGUCAUUCGGAGAGAGCAAAAUCUCCAAACCAGAUGUGCUGGACAUUAUAGUCAAGAGCAUCAGUAGCUGUGACCUCAUGCUUGUCCUGGAGAUCAAAGAUGCAAAAGGAAAAGUGUUUAAUCAACUCAUGACUCACCUGAACAGGUCCAGGACACGAGCAAAUCAAUUUAGCUCCGUCAUUAGUGAGAGACUCGGGAGAAAGUCAUACAAGGAGCAAUAUGCCUUCAUUUACAGGCAGAAGAUGUUGUCUGUGAAAUCCGUCUAUCAGUAUCCAGACGCUCAAACCGGAGAUGAAGACGCUUUUGCUCGAGAACCGUUCGUCGUGUGGUUUUCGUCUCCAAAAACGGAAGUCACGGACUUCGUCAUCAUUCCUAUUCACACGGCUCCUGAAGCGGCUGUGAGAGAAAUCGACGAACUCUUCGACGUUUAUCAGAAUGUUUCUCAGCUGUGGCCUUCAGACAACUUCAUCAUCAUGGGGGAUUUCAACGCCGCCUGCGGUUACGUUCCAAAGAGGCAGUGGGUGAACAUCCGUCUGCGCUCUGAAACUGAGUUUGUGUGGCUGACGGGCGACCAGCUGGACACCUCAGUGAAGACAUCUACCAAAUGUGCUUAUGACAGGGUCGUCCUCCGUGGAGAGAAGAUGACUGAGGCUGUGAAUCCUGAAUCAGUGGAGGUGUUCAACUUUAAAGAGGAAUUUGGCCUCACUGAGCAGGAGGCUCUGGCAGUGAGUGAUCAUUUCCCGCUCUGCAUCACAGUCAAUCAAGCACAGAGGAAACGAUAAUAAUCUUCUCCAUUUACACUUUUACUGCUCGCCUGCUUCAUUAAUCCUACAGAUGAGAAUGAGAAACAGCUUAUAGGAAAAUAAACGAGUUCUAACAUAAUCUUUAAUGCAGAAAUCAAGUGUUCAGUGCUUUACUUGUUAAUUAUGAGCCAGCGGUCUGUAGUGUUGAUUUACCAGUUUCUGUGAGACUUUGCAAGACAUUGCCAGUGUAAUCCAUCUACAUUUCUCCAUUAAUAAAUCACAACACAUGUAUAAGUGCUUCACAUUGACAUUUGCAUGUAUACUUUUCUGAUUUCAUUUUAAUAAACAUUUCACUCAAGUAAAUGACACAGAGUAUUAGAUUUAAGGUGAAUACCGUCUGUUCAAGUUCAGUGGGGUGAAGAAAACAUGCACUGGUGUUUCAUCAGAGUUGAUCAGUUACUGUGUGAAUAUUAAAAGUGCCAUUCCUAGCAUAGAAAAUGUUUCUUACAAUCCCAGAUCUUUUACAGUUUUACAGUCAAUCUCAUAGUCACCUGAAGAAACCAAGCCAGUUUAGUGUUUGACAUUUCAUCCAGCAAUUUUAUAAUAAUCCUAUUAAAAAUAUUUGUUUUUAUAUAAACUCCCAUUCAAAGGUUUGGGUCGGUGAGAUUUAUUCUUAUGAAAGAAAUUAAUAUUUUUAUUCAGAAAGGAUGCAUUAAAUUGUCAAAAGUGGCAGUUAAGACGUUACAAACUAUUUUUUAUUAUUAUCAUUUG